AUGGGGUAUGACUAUGCCUUGGUUCACUUGCAAUACACGAUACCGCCGGCGGUAGCCCUGACUUUGUGUUACUAUCCACUCUCGACCAGUCUCGGGGUCUACAAGAUACUAUUUCUCAUAGCAAUCGCUGUCAUCUCCACCACUCCGUGGGACUCAUACCUCAUUCACUCUCAAAUAUGGACAUAUCCUCCCAACGCCAUCAUUGGCCCUACUCUCUUCAGAAUACCAGCGGAAGAGGUCUUUUUCUUUAUCAUUCAGACCUACAACACCUCCCUACUCUAUCUCCUCCUCAGCAAGCCUACGUUUCACCCGGUCUACCUUCGAGGACAGAAGCUGUUCAAUGACGGAAGGCGACUGGGCCUGAGAAGAUGGACUGGAGUAUCAGUGAUUGUUGCAUGUAUUUUGGCGGGCAUUGGCAUGAUCAUGAAAAGCGGGGAGGGCCUUUACAUGGGCUUAAUACUUGUCUGGGCAGGCCCCUUCGUUUUGCUGCUUUGGAGCCUUGCAUAUCAAUUCAUAAUCGGAUUGCCCCUUUCUAGCACUUUUAUACCCGUCGUCCUCCCUACCCUAUACCUCUGGAUUGUGGAUACCCUGGCAUUAAAAAGGGGGACGUGGGUCAUUGAGUCUGGAACGAAGCUGGGGUGGCAUCUAUGGGACGGGCUCGAGAUCGAAGAAGCAGUCUUCUUCCUCGUCACAAAUGUCCUCAUCGUCUUUGGUCUGAUCGCCUUCGACAACGCCUUCGCCAUCCUGCAAACAUUCCCUUCACUAUUUCCUACUAUACCUACAUUGCCUUCGCCAAUCCUCCUAGUUCGGGCGCUGCUCCUUCCGACAACUUCAUACGAGGACGAGCGGAUAGAAGGGCUUCAAGAAGCACUCGGGCGCCUCAGAGCCAAAAGUCGGAGCUUUUACCUUGCAAGUGGAGUCUUCCAAGGGAGACUUCGUGUUGACUUGGUCUUACUGUAUUCAUUUUGCCGUGUUGCAGAUGAUCUGGUCGACGAAGCUGGCUCGAUCGAAGAGGCCAAGCAUUGGAUAGCCAAGCUCAACGAGUAUCUCGACAUCACCUAUGGGAAAUCCUAUGUCAAAGUUGAGCGGAAACAAGACCUCAUAUCAACGUUCCCACCAUCUGCCCAGGCGAGCCUUCGCUUACUUCCGACCUCCCAUCUUUCUCCCACGCCACUUUACGACCUCCUAAAAGGCUUUGAAACCGAUCUCCACUUCUCCUCCAGCAACCCUUUCCCCAUCAAAGACGAACCCACUCUACAAGUCUACGGAGCCCAGGUGGCGGGUACUGUGGCCGAGUUAUGCUUAGAGCUAGUCUUCCAUCACACUAAGGGAUCUACGCCCGAAAGUUUGCGAAGGCGGAUAGUCCAAGCUGGUGGUCGAAUGGGCAUCGCAUUGCAAUACGUCAAUAUUGCGCGAGACAUCUCAGUUGACGCUUCGAAUGGCCGCGUCUACCUUCCAACAACCUGGCUCAAGGAGGAAGGGGUUACUCCAGAGGACAUCAUCAAAGACCCUGCCCGUUCGAAAGCCGAGAUUCUGAGACAGCGGCUCCUGAACAGUGCUUUCGAGAUUUACGAUGAAGCGAAAGGGGCCAUUGAGCAAUUACCUGCAGAAGCACGGGGCCCAAUGCGGGUAGCUGUAGAAAGCUAUGUCGAGAUUGGGAGAGUGCUGCGACAGCCCGGCUACAAGGUCAAGGCUGGAAGAGCGACAGUGCCCAAACUAAGAAGACUGAGGGUCGCUUGGAAUGCUUUGAGCCAUACCUGA